AUGACGUGCAAUUCCAGUUGUGCUGAGUGUGAUCAGCAGAACGGAGAAUGCACGGAACAAGCCCAAAUGUCUGGAAGUCCACCAACAGCUGACGCCGGGCCAAUAGUAGGAGGUAUUGUAGGGGUGAUUGUUGUUGCUGUCAUCGCUAUUGUCAUUGUCAUCCUCUUCAGAAGACGCCGCUUGAGUGCCAGUAAACAGGAAUCCUUUACUGAUAUCGGUCGUUCCAAUGUGCACGAGAAUAACGUAUACAGCGAACCACCAGAAACAAAACACAUGUCUGUCAAAUCUGAGGCGGCAGUGAAAAACAUCUAUAGUAAUACACCAGAUCCAGACGGGCUACCCGAGAACUCCGCCAAUGUGUAUGUAAACACUGAGCAGGUGGCCAGACAAUCCGGAGUUGGUGAUAGAGUCUGCUAUAAUUCCGGUCCUGUUGGGUUUCUUGUCUCCACCCUCAAAUCUCUUGUCAAGACAAAACUGCAAAACAAGGCGAAGGCUUUCGAGAACGAAUACAAGUCUAUACCGUCUGGAGAUUUACACGAACAUAAAGUUGGAAUGUUACAACAAAACAAAGCAAAGAACAGAUUUAAAACCACGUUUCCCUAUGACCAUUCCCGUGUGAUCCUUGAUACCAUUGGAAAAGAUCCACACUCCGAUUACAUCAAUGCCAACUACAUCGACAGUGUUACAAAAACUGCGAAAUACGUAGCAACACAAGGACCGAGGCCCGGUACUGUUAAUGAUUUCUGGCGGAUGAUAUGGCAGCUGCAGACCAGCAAAAUUGUCAUGUUGACAAAUCUUAUAGAAGGCGGAAGGCCGAAGUGCGACAAGUAUUGGCCAGACGAGGGAGAACCUUUGACAACGGCAAAUUUCAGCAUCACUAUGGACAGAGAAAGGUCGUAUGCCUUCUACGUCAUCCGGGACCUUACAGUUACAGAAAAGAAGACGAAGUCAGUACGUCAGAUACAUCAGUUCCACUAUAUCACGUGGCCCGACCACGGGACUCCAGACCCAAACGAACUUGUUGUCUUCCACCGCCGUGUGAUGAACUAUGAGACUGUCUUGAAAGGGAAAAUGGUUGUUCAUUGCAGUGCUGGCAUAGGCAGAACAGGAACAUUUAUUGCCCUAGAUGCUCUCCUGGAAUAUGGGAAGGAGUCCGGACACAUUGACGUAAUGCAAUACAUAAAAACCAUGCGGAAGGAUAGGAUCAAUAUGGUUCAAACUGUUGAACAAUACAUAGCUAUACACCAGCUCCUUAUAGCAGCCUUCGAUAUGCCAGACACCCUGAUUCCAAGAAUGAAGUACCACACGACACUUACUACUCUCUCCAAUGGCGGUCCCACGAACCAAACAAAGCUCAGGAAGGAAUACCUGCUGACACAAACUAUGAAAACAGCUUACGAUGAGACAAGCUACAGAGCCGCCUUACUGCCAUCAAACAAGAUGAAGAACAGGACCUUAUCAGUCGUUGCUGGAAGUAUUGUGAUUAAUGCUUUCCUCUGGUUCUGUUCAGUUGACAAGUUCAGGGCGUACCUUCGAUCAUAUGCUGACUGUAGAACGGACUACAUUAAUGCCGUGUCAGUGCCAUCCUAUACAUCCAAAACUGGGUACAUCGUCACACAGACUCCUCUGGAGGACACCGUGGUGGAUCUUUUGACGAUGAUAAUGGACCACAGCUGUCAAACAAUUGUCAUCAUCGAGCCGGACGACAUUGACUGGCUUCCAGGGGAAGGUGAAGAUAAAUCCAUCGGGAAUUUCACGUUGGAACACAAAGGAAAGUCUUCAACAAUAGCCAAUGUCGCUUUGCUAGAAAUCGCAAUAGAAAACGCGGUAAGAUGGAUGUUUUGCAGUGUCUGA